AUGCGUCUUCCAUACGCUGACCCCUCUUCCCCCACCUUCUCCUCUCCCUCUGACCGCGCAAUAAUCGAACGUGUUGAAGCGCGUCGCGCACCACGACCUCUCCAACCCCUAGACUUGACGUUACUGCACAGUCCCCCUGUAGCAGAUGGCUGGAACUCAUUUCUUGGAGCAGUCAGGACACAAACGAGCCUGGCUGAUGAUAUCAGGGAGAUAGCGAUUUGCAGGGUGGCUAUCUGUAACACGGCUUGGUAUGAGUGGGGACAUCAUGCACCAUUGGCGAAGAAAGGAGGAGUUAGUGAUGAGGGCAUGGAGACGCUUAAGAGGGAAAAGUGUGAGAGGGAGGGAAAUGGGGAUGCCAAUGGAGAUGCAGAGGGGUUGAGCAGAAAACAGUGGGCUGUGAUUAAGUAUACGGAUGAGAUGACUAGGAAUGUUAGGGUGCCAGAUGAGGUUUUUGAGGAGUUGAAAAAGUGGUUCGAUCAAAAGGAAAUUGUGGAGUUAACGGCUACGAUCGCAGCAUACAAUUGUGUUAGCAGAUUUUUGGUAGCUCUAGAUGUUGGCGAAAGAAAUAAGCUAACCGGCCCGGAUGAUGUGGCUCAUUGA